AUGGUAAAAGACUGCAGAGCCCCGUUUCCAAAGCAACAACAACAGCAGCCGCAACAUCAGCAAAGGCAGCAGCCCCAUCAGAACCAAGGCAAUAGGAAAGGAAGUUUCCAGUGUGGGGACGAGAGUCACAUUAAACGGGAUUAUCCUCAGUUGAAUCAGAACGCCAAUGACAACAACAACCAUCAGAACAACAAUAACAAUGCUGGGAACAACAAUAACGGCAACAAUAGUGGCAAUGGUGCUCGCGGAAGAGUAUUUACAAUUGGCGCUGGUGAUGCUAGGAACGAUGGCAAUGUCGUGACUGGGUUAACUCCGACACCUCUAGAAACCAAACAUGUAGUGGAAUUGGCUGAUGGCAAGCCAAUUGAGGCCUCAUACGUUCUUCUAGGGUGCAAACUCGAUCUUUUGGGUCAAGUGUUUGACAUUGACCUUCUUCCAGUUACUCUUGGUAGUUUCAACGUAGUGGUUGGUAUGGACUGGUUGUCCAAGCACCGUGUUGACAUACUUUGUAAGGAGAAAAUCGUACGUAUACCGCUCCCGGGUGGAGAAUCACUGCCUGUCCAAGGUCAUCGAAGUGGUGCACUGAUCCGAUCUGCCCAAGCUGAAGCGUUGACAGACGAGAACCUUAAAGCUGAAGAGAUGCUAGGUUUGGAGAAGCAACUUGUGGAAAGAUCUGACGGUAUGCAUUAUUUCAUGGAGCGAAUAUGGGUCCCUUUGUACGGGAACCUCAGAGAACUUGUGAUGGACGAAGCACACAAGUUUCGUUACUCUGUUCACCCGGGGUCUGAUAAGAUGUAUCAGGACCUAAAAGUUCUAUAUCGGUGGCCGAAAAUGAAAGCCCACAUAGCGGUGUAUGUGGGCAAGUGCUUGACUUGUGCGAAGGUCAAGGUAGAAUACCAGAAACCGUCCGGAUUGCUUCAGCAACCUGAAAUACCCAUGUGGAAAUGGGAACAAAUUGCUAUGGACUUCGUCACUGGAUUGCCAAGAAAUCAAAACAGAAAUGAUACCAUCUGGAUUUGA